AUGACAACCAGGAUAUACAAACGUGCGUGUCACAACAAGGGUAAGCAUUCCACAAUAAACUAUCGCGACGUAAAGCAUUUAAACAAGGACAAAUUCAUUACCGCCCUUAAAAAUGCACCGUGGGAUAGUGCUUUUGUAUUUGAUGACGCAAAUGACACUGUCUAUGCAUGGUAUGAAAUAUUUAAUGAUGUCGUAAAUGAAUAUCUUCCCUUAAAACAAAAGCGGGUAAAGCGAAAUACACAGCCUAAAUGGUUCAAUAAUAUAAUUGGGGAGGACAUAAAGGCACGCGAUAAACUGUAUUACAAAGCAAGGAAAUAUCAAACUGACGAAGAUUGGGCAAACUACCGCAUUGCAAAGAACAAAGUGACAAAAACAAUAAGAAAUGCGAAGAAAAAUUACUUUAGUGAUAAAUUUCAAGAAAAUAAACAAAACCCCAGUAAACUUUGGAACUUGAUUAAAAAUCUAACAAAUGAUGAUGCUGGAAAAAAUGAAAGUGUCAAAUUUUUGACCGAAAAUAGUACGACUUUAAAAGAUAAAGUGACCAUUGCUGAAACAUUUAAUCGCUUCUUUGUCGACCCGCAAAACAACCUCGCGUCCACCUCAGCGCCCGUAGAAAUAGAACAAACACCAAAUCUAGAUCCUAUUCCCCAUGUCGAUACUACAUUCAGCAUUCCCCCCAUGUCAAAAUUAAGAGUGAUUAAGUUACUUCUAUCCAUCCCCGUUCAUAAAUCCACAGGAGACGAUGGCAUUAGCGCCAAAAUAAUGAAAAUAGCAGCACCAGCUAUAGCCGAACCAUUAAGCCAGCUGAUGAAUCGUUGCAUAAACACUCAAACGUUCCCCUCAAAAUGGAAGGUUGCUAAGGUCACCCCAAUAUAUAAAGGGAAGGGAAACCGAGAUGAAAAGUCUAACUACAGGCCUAUAUCAGUGCUUCCCAUUUUAUCUAAGCUACUGGAAAGGCACAUAUGUGAACAUAUGUAUGGGUUUCUGCAACAACGAAACUUAUUUUAUCGACUUCAAUCCGGGUUUCGUAAACACCAUUCGACUGAAACUGCACUCAUCAGACUCAUUGACCAAUUGCUACUUGAUCUGGAUAAAAACAAGGUAACUGGACUAAUUUUUGUAGACUAUAAGAAAGCCUUCGAUCUGAUAGACCAUCAACUGCUCCUUAACAAGUUACAUAAUUAUGGCAUUCAGGGGGAUGAGCUAAACCUCUUAAAAGACUAUCUUAGAAACCGUUGGCAGUAUGUAAAUAUUGAUGGUUCCCAUUCUCCGAAAAUAGAGGUGAAAUGCGGUGUGCCACAAGGAAGUAUUUUGGGUCCAAUCUUCUUCCUUUUGUUUAUCAACGAUCUUCCGUCAGAGGUAUUCCACUCCGAGGUCGACAUAUAUGCGGAUGAUACUACCCUUAGUCACUCCGCAGAAGUGGAUUUGGCACCUACAGCCAUAGAAACAGCACUACAGCUUGAUUUGGACGGCAUUGUAAGGUGGUCAAAAACAAACAAAAUGAUCAUAAAUGCCAAAAAGACAAAAUCUAUGCUUGUUACCGGAAAGAGAUUGGCCAAAAAGUUGCCGACAAAGAUAUUGUCGUUACAGUCUGAAAACGAGGAUAUUGAACAAGUUCAUUUCCAGAAACUUUUAGGAGUCACUAUCGAUCAAGAACUGACUUUUGAUAAACACGUGGAAGAACUUUCUAAGAAAUUGGGACAACGACUGGGCGUUCUUCGGAAAAUUAAACGGUUUCUUCCUUUAGACCAACGUAAACUGUACUACAACACCAUGUUUAAGCAAGUCAUGAUGUAUGGUGCUACAGUUUGGGCUAACUGCUCCGUGGAAAACUUGAAAACAAUUCUUCGACUGCAAAAACGUGCUGCCCGCAUCAUUUUGGAUGUCGGUACAAGAACAAACAGCGUAUCAUUGUUUAAGCAGCUAAAUUGGCUUGCUUUUCACGACGAAGUGAGGUUGAACAAAUGUGUCUUAGCUUACAAACGGUUUCAUGGAAAUUGCCCAUCAUAUAUUAAUGAUAUUCUAACCUCAAAUGCAGACAUACAAACCCGUUCGUCAGGCCGUUACAGUCAAAGAAACUUGGUAUGUCCACGCUAUAGCCGAGUCAUGGAAGGGGGAAAGUCUUUCCAGGUCUCCACGUGUAAACUUUGGAACUCUAUACCUCCUCAUAUAAAAACUUCCGAAAAAUCUGUAGAAACUUUUAAGAAUGAACUUUUUAACUAUUUUUUUCAUAGGUAUAAUGAUAUUGAUUCUUUCACAAUAUCUUGA